CGACCCUCGACGGCGUGGCUGGUUCUUGCCUAUUCCCUCUGCCUUGUGUACAUUUAUCACGCGUAAUUUCAUUCUAGUCUAGCUCAGACAUCCGGUUUCGAACACCAUGAACUCGCUAUAUACCCUUGGAGUACGCCAAACAAACUCCAUACAGGCGGACUUGGAACGGUUACGGACUGGCGACAAAUCUGCUGCUUUGUUAGGGCAGAUAUCUGCGUCGCUGGCUGCCAUGCAUCGAACAGUGGAUGACUAUGAUUCCAUGGCGAAGAGGGAAAUCAUCAAGGCGAAACAGGAGAAGGCCAUGAUGCGUGUCCAGAAAUUUCGGGCCGACUAUUCAGAGUUCCGAGCGCAAUUCGAAAAGUUUAAGACCGAGCAAGAAGCGACGGCGCGCUUGGAACUGCUUUCGGCGUCAUCAUCAUCCACGACACCGCUUUCUGCGGGAAUGGCACGACAACGAUUCAUGGCGAAUCAACACUCAAAUGCGAGUGAUGUCUCCGAGUCCCCUUUUCGAAACCCGUCCGCGAUGCCAAUGUCCGACAUGCGCGAGCAACACGCUCUUCACGAACAUAGCUUCAUACAGAAUACCGAGACUCGAUUGGACGACUUCAUCGCGCAAGGGCGCGCGGUGCUUGACGACCUCGUAGAACAGCGGACAGUCUUGAAAGGGACACAGCGGCGUCUGUUGGAUGCUGCGAACACGCUGGGCCUGAGUAGGGAUGUAAUUGGAUGGAUUGAGCGAAGAAGUACACAGGACAUGUAUAUCUUCCUUGCUGGCGCGAUCUUCACAUUCGUUUGUUUCUACCUGAUAUGGAGGUACCUGGGGUAAGGUAAUGGGAGUUUCGAGCUUUCUGAGAUGGACCUCUGCAUGUGGCUAUGUUAUUACCCUAUUAGCUCUGUCUCCGACCGACAUUGUUCUUUCUGUUACCCGAUGGGUCUGAGUCAAUACAGCCUUGAAUAUUGUCGCGGUACCGGGUCCGUGUCACAGUCAUUGUCAGCACGCAAGUAGAUAAAUAUCGUAUUGGGC